AUGCCCAUCGCUCUGGGCCUCGAGGGAUCUGCCAACAAGAUUGGCGUUGGCGUCAUCCUACACUCCGCCUCCGCCUCCGCCUCGCCGUCCUCACCGCAUGACAGCGCGCAUCCUGAUGAUCAGUCCUCCAAGUCCUGCUCUCCUCCUACUCAGAUUCUCUCCAAUCUCCGACACACUUUCGUCUCGCCACCCGGUACUGGUUUCCUUCCAAAAGAUACAGCCGCGCACCACAGAAGAUGGGUCGUCCGACUCGUGAAGCAAGCCAUCCUCCAGGCCGGCAUUGAGAUUGACGAGAUUGACUGCAUCUGCUUCACUCAAGGACCUGGAAUGGGUGCUCCUCUUUCAGCUGUAGCAAUGGCAGCGCGCACUCUCAGUCUCCUAUGGAAUAAGCCGCUCGUGGGUGUCAAUCACUGUGUAGGUCAUAUCGAAAUGGGAAGAGCAAUCACUGGCGCCCAGAACCCCGUGGUGUUGUACGUGAGUGGAGGGAACACUCAGGUUAUUGCAUACUCUGCACAGAGAUACAGAAUCUUUGGAGAGGCGUUGGAUAUUGCCGUUGGAAAUUGCCUAGAUCGAUUUGCGCGAGUUAUUGAAAUCUCCAACGACCCUGCGCCGGGCUAUAACAUUGAGCAGUUGGCCAAAAAGGGUAAAGUACUGCUGGAUCUCCCGUACGCUGUCAAAGGAAUGGACGUUUCUUUCUCGGGAAUCCUGGCGAGGGUGGAGGAGAUGGCUGGGCGGUUAGGGAAAGACUGGACGGACCCCAUAACCGGAGCGCUGGUUACAAAGGAGGACCUAUGCUUUACUCUGCAGGAGACGGUAUAUGCCAUGUUGGUCGAGAUCACCGAGCGGGCAAUGGCACACGUUGGAAGCUCGCAGGUCCUGAUUGUGGGUGGAGUUGGAUGCAAUCUCCGCUUGCAGGAAAUGAUGGGCCUGAUGGCGAGCGAGAGAGGUGGGAGUGUCUUUGCUACAGAUGAGCGGUUCUGCAUUGACAACGGCAUCAUGAUCGCACAUGCAGGUCUGUUGGCAUAUGGGCAAGGAUACCGCACCAAUCUGGAGGAAAGUAUGUGCACUCAGCGUUUCCGGACGGAUGAGGUUCUCAUCAAUUGGCGGGACUGA